GGGAGUCGCCUCUGUGCACCUCCGACUGGGGACUGCUUCCGCGGCCGGGUCGGCAAGGCGGGAGGGAUGAGCGCGGCGCGGACGCUGCGGGUGCCGGGCCGUCACGGCUACGCCGCGGAGUUCUCCCCGUACCUGCCCGGCCGCCUGGCCUGCGCCGCCGCGCAGCACUACGGCAUCGCGGGCUGUGGAACCCUACUGAUAUUGGAUCACAGUGAAUCUGGUCUUAGAAUUUUUAGAAGCUUUGACUGGAACGAUGGCUUGUUUGACGUGACUUGGAGUGAGAACAAUGAACAUGUCCUUGUCACCUGUAGUGGUGAUGGCUCGCUGCAGCUCUGGGACACUGCCAAAGCCACAGGGCCACUACAAGUCUAUAAAGAACACACUCAAGAGGUAUAUAGUGUUGAUUGGAGCCAAACCAGAGGUGAACAGCUUGUGGUGUCUGGCUCAUGGGAUCAGACUGUCAAAGUGUGGGAUCCAACUGUUGAAAAGUCUCUGUGCACCUUUAGAGGUCAUGAAAGUGUCAUUUAUAGCACAAUCUGGUCUCCUCAUAUCCCUGGUUGUUUUGCUUCAGCUUCAGGUGAUCAGACUCUGAGAAUUUGGGAUAUGAAGGCAACAGGAGUCAGAAUUGUGAUUCCAGCACAUCAGACAGAAAUUUUGAGCUGUGACUGGUGUAAAUACAAUGAGAAUUUGCUGGUGACAGGAGCAGUAGAUUGUAGUUUGAGAGGCUGGGACCUAAGGAAUGUGCGACAACCAGUGUUUGAACUUCUUGGUCACACCUAUGCUAUUAGGAGGGUGAAAUUUUCACCAUUUCAUGCUUCAGUGCUGGCCUCUUGCUCCUAUGAUUUCACUGUAAGAUUCUGGAACUUUUCAAAGCCUGAUCCUCUUCUUGAAACAGUAGAGCAUCAUACAGAGUUUACAUGUGGUUUAGAUUUCAGUCUUCAGAGCCCCACUCAGGUAGCUGACUGUUCUUGGGAUGAAACAAUAAAGAUAUAUGAUCCUGCUUGUCUUACUAUUCCUGCUUGAGAUACACGGCUGUGGUCAGAAAAAAUGUUGACUGGAGAACUGCUUAAACUGCAACUGACUUAACUAUUGAAAACAUAGAUGUUUUGCGUUUAUAUGCUAUUCAGAUUUCAAAUUUUCCCAGACUUACUCUGGAGUCAGUUUUGAGGCAGCUGAUAAAGACUUGGGCUCACUCUUUAAGCUUGGUACAUAAGUCAUGUUUCUUAUAAUCCUAAGAAAUAAUUGAUGUUAUAGUAUAUCUUAUAAUAUCAAUUAGAAUAUAAUCUCUGUAUUAUAAAAUGGAUUAAAAUAUGGGAGAUGAGAUUAUGUGAAUAGUGAUAUAUUUUUAAAUUUUUCAUUUUUGAUGUGAAAUAUAAAUCAUUGCUAUUAAUAAAAAUCAAAAUAAAUUGCA